UAUCUGUGGUUGAACUCCUCUGAAUAUGCUCGACCGAGGCAAAUAUUCAAUAUUCCGCACUUUCGAAAGUCCUGAUUGGUGCUAUGCAGGUAUAUGUAAUUAUCCUCAUAUAUACAUAUAACAGACAGAAGUAAGCGUUUUCAAAGCCAUAAAGUAUAUGGCUCCAGUAAUGAUGCUCCACUUUAGCACCUGAUCUGUGAUAUCAUCCAAUCCAGCCCAUCCCCAUGACCAAUAAAUACCAAUCAAAAUGCCCAAACUAAACAAACCAUUUCAAUUUCCAUGGAAGUCCGCAAGUCAUGUACGCAGUUCAGUUCGGGGCAGAUCGCUCUCACAGCUGCUGAUACCCACAAUGUUUUACAUAUAAACAAAUUUCCACAGCCACUUUGGAUGGAGCAUGAUUCUUUUUGUGCGAAAAGUGUUUGAGAGAUUAGGAACAGGAGCCGGGAGCAGACAGCGGGAGGACGGACCAGGCGAUGACAGCCGAAAGAGUGCGUUUCGAAUACUCAUAGGAAUCAGCGUUCGCUCCCAGAGAGCGAGGAGUCUUGGCUAAAAAUAUAACACAACGACGAAUCUCUGAGAAAUAUUUUUUAAUAUUAAAAGAAAACUCUGGGAGAUGGCGGAGGGGGGGCUGCUGCUGCUGGUGCCACGCAAAGGUGCGCUGCAGUGUGGUUUUUCAGCUCUUUUCCAAUGUGAGGGUCGCUCCUUAGCUCUCAGUUGAGUUUUCGCACGCGUCGCGUACGAACACGGAUGAAACAGACUCGCAGUGGCACGCACCGAUGGGCAGCCCCUGGCAUUCCCCUCAGACGAUGACGCACUGCGUCGGCCUUUUUGGCUGCCUCUGUCUGCUGGUGUUCUUGUCACACGUGAGGGCGGCAGCAGCAGCUGACGAUGAGAUGUCUUCCGCCUACGCAUCGACUUCCACUUGCGUCAUACGCGCCACGCUCUACAUGACGCCAGCAUGGGAUCGCAGCGACCAAGACUUUGGCCUGCCCCUGGACAUUGAUUGCUCCGGAAACGGCACGCUGGAGGCACUGGCCGCCUUCGACCUUGGCGCCCAGCGGGUGGCUGGCAAGAGUCAUGUUCUGCUGGACGGCGCUCACACGCCGCCACUCGGCGUUGCCAGCUAUGGCCUGGAGUAUCUGGAUAAUUGUCCGCAUCUGCAGAGCCUGCAGAUCGAGCGAUUCGUUGGUGACUCCACCCUCAGGCUGGGUUGCGGAGGUCCCAUUCUAAACAAGAUGAUAGCUGUGUACCUGAAGAAUAAUGAUCUCGGCACGCUAAGUGGGAAUAGCUUCGAGCAAUUGCCGCAUUUGAGGCGUCUUCAGAUUCAAGGUAACUCCCUGCGGUUCAUGGAACCACUGCUGGGCUGUGGGAUACUCAAGGAGCUGAGCAUCAGGGAGGAGGAACAGUUGGUUCUGAGAGGUGGUGACAUUAUUGCACAGCUGCCGCAGCUUAAAAAACUUAGCUUUAGUCGCCUCAAGAUGAUUGAAUCUGAGUUUUUUGAUGAAUUGCCUGAGAAUCUCACAGAACUCGUUGUGCAGAAGACACCAAUCGACAAGAGAAGCCUACGCCUGACGAGUGGAACAUCUCAGCUGAUUAAUGUGACCAUUGUGGAUUGCCAACUGAACAGAUUUUACCUUGAACCAUACGAAAAUCGGAAAAUGCUCCGCUUGAACCUUAGUAGCAAUACCUUGAUCUCACUGGAACUGGGAGAAAGUUCUCUUAUAUCGCUGGAUCUCAGCAGGAAUCAAUUGGGAAACCUUACCAGUGGCUGGUUCAGAGGACUGACGCGACUCCAAGAGCUACGGUUGCAGGAUAAUCGCCUCCACACGCUCUCCUUAGGGCAGCUGCUGCAGAUCGCACCACAAACCCUCCAACUUCUAGAUUUGCGAUCGAAUCAGUUGAUGAGUAUGAAAGAUGUGGACGCGCGAUUGGAACAGCAGUCCAUGCAGCUGCGGAUGUUUAUCGAUGGCAAUCCCUGGAGCUGCCAGUGGCUGCUCAACUUCUCGCACAGCCAACCGCAGAUGUUCCGGCUCUUGCAGUACUCCAAAUACAUUUCCCACAUCAAUGUGAAUGGAUUAAGCUGCAGUCCCCAGGAGGCACCCACAGAAGGGCCGACCAAAAAGGAGCGACCGCCGGGCAGGAUUAUGCAUGUGUCCCUCAAUAACUCCUUUGUUCCGGUGCCACAUCCCAACACGAAUGUCUCCAGCUUCACAGUAUUAUACGGCAAUCCGGUGGAGCUGCAUCGCAGCCAACGUUCUGGGGCCCUCGUCAUUGUAUUUAUGCUGCCAUUGGGGAUCGCCUUGCUCUUCCUGCUGCUCUACCUCUACCUGCACUGCGAGCGGCUCUUCCACUUGUCCUACUAUAUUUCGGGACUGUCGUGCUUUGGCGAUGGCAAGGGCUCCAGCCAGCCUCGCUUCGUGGAUCAUGUGGAUAUUGUGCGCUACCCCAUAGCCAAUGGCAAUGGUGCGGCCCGAGUGGACUUGGAGCCCGCUCUGGCCGAUGGCUAUGAGACGCCGGUGAGUGGUGGCGCCUCCAUUUGCAACUGCACGGGCCAUAGAGAUUCCUCGUGCUCGCGCACGCAUCAUGUGACGUAUGAGUCACUGCCCACGGAGCUGCCGUAUCAACUGUACGCCGAGAUCAAGGAACUGGCGGAGAACGGAGAGACGAAAGGGAUGCUGGAAGGAGACGCAGAGCCCACAGCGCCGAUUUACGACCACCUGUCGUUCGAGGAAGAAGGGAAACAGAAGGAGGAACUACUAGGGGGAGACAAUUUGUAGGUCUCGUUUAAUCUUCUCCCAUCUGUUGAUUCUGCUGCUUGUUGUUUUGGUGUGUAACUAAUGACUAAAUUCAUGUCUAGAUGUAAGGUAUAAUUAAAGUUUCUUUUUAAAUUG